AUGUCGGUCAAGCGGGUUCUAGUCAUUGCGGGCUCCGACAGUUCUGGUGGCGCGGGAUUGGAAGCGGAUCAAAGGGUCUUGGCCGCCCAUGGAUGCUACGCUCUCACGGCGACCACAGGGUUGACGGCCCAGAACACGCUCGGCGUGCAAGACAUCUUCAUCGUCCCGUCGGAGUUUGUGAGAAAGCAAAUCAAUGCAGGCUUGGAGGAUAUCGGUGCCGACGUCGUCAAACUCGGAAUGUUGUCGUCUGCCGAGACGAUCGAUGUCAUCGCGGAGACAUUACAAGCUCAUCGAGUUCCCUCGAUUGUCCUUGACCCGGUCAUGGUGUCCACAAGUGGAUCGCAGCUGCUCCCAGAAAAAGCCGUGAAGGAGCUUCGCACGAAACUGCUCCCGCUUACGACAAUCUUGACUCCCAAUAUCCCAGAAGCACAGCUAUUGCUUAAGGAUGCCGGUGCAGAAGUUUCCGAGCCUACUGACCUGCUCGGAAUGAUUGAACUGGCAAAGAAAAUAUGUUCGCUAGGCCCCAAGGCAGUACUCCUCAAGGGAGGCCAUAUCCCUCUUACCAAAAACCACAAGACUGCUCAGAACCCGCAAGAAGCAACCACAGUUAUCGACAUUCUCUUCGAUGGAGAGAAGACAACCUUGUUUGAGACAGACUAUAUAAUCUCGAAGAACACGCACGGUACCGGCUGCUCGCUCGCCUCGGCGAUCGCCGCCAACCUGGCCAUGGGAAAGGAUAUGGUACGAGCUGUUCGCAGUGCCGUACGAUUUGUUGAGGCAGGAAUCAAGACCAGCACCGACUUGGGUCGAGGAAGUGGGCCUAUCAACCAUUUCCACUCGAUCUACAACAUGCCCUUUGCGCCUGGUCGGUUCUUAGAAUAUAUUUUGGAUCGACCUGACGUUCAGCGAACGUGGCAGAAAUUCACCCACCACGAAUUUGUUGAGGGUCUAGGUCAGGGCACGCUUCCUGUGGAGAGAUUCAAGGAGUAUCUCGUGCAGGAUUAUCUCUAUCUGGUCCAAUUUGCUCGGAGCAAUGCACUUGCAUCGUACAAGGCCAAGGAUAUGGACUCAAUAGCAGCGUCUGCUCAAAUUGUUCUGCACAUCCAGCGAGAGAUGGACCUGCAUCUCGAAUACUGCGCUUCUUUCGGCCUCUCCAAGCAGGAGAUGGAGGCCCACCCGGAGACCAUCGCAUGCACUGCAUAUAGCCGAUACAUUCUCGACGUGGGCCAAUCAGAAGAUUGGCUUGCGCUACAGGUGGCACUGGCACCUUGUCUCAUCGGGUACGGUAGUAUCGCCAAGCGACUCUAUUCUGAUUCCAGAACCCUCCGCGAAGGGAACCAGUACUGGAAGUGGAUCGAAAACUAUGUCGCCGAGGACUAUACCGAAGCUGUGCGACUCGGAUCUGAACUGCUAGAAGGCCACAUGCAGCGGGUAUCUCCGAGUCGAUUGGAGGAGUUGAUCCGGAUUUUCAUCCGGGCCACGGAGCUGGAAAUUAGUUUCUGGGACAUGGGCCUGAGUGACAAGAAGGUGUGA